ACAUGCUGGGUUUUCCACCUCAGUCUACCCUCAUUAAAUGUUAAUUUUGCCCACUGUCCACGCCCCAUUGAACAUAGGCACAGCGCAGCAACAGCAAUGUAUGGGGAAGUAACCCCCAUUGUGGAAGCUCUAUUUUUUUCUAAAGACUCUCACCUCACUUAAAUCUUAAGUAAACACAUCAUGGCUUUCAGGCUGCUUUUCAUUAUGGAGGUACAGACCUUUAUGCUGUGUAAGGAGAGGGAUCACACCUUUCUGUCCCUUAUGCUUUUGUGAGACCAUUGCAUUCCUAAAUCUUCCAUGUUUUUCCUGUUUGGGGAUUGCGUGUUUGGUUUCCCACCUGUGGUUGUAUUAGCUGCUAAGAUUCACAGAUAAAGAUACACAUCAUGUCGUCUUCACAUCUCUUCUACCUGGCGCUCUGCUUGCUCACCUUUACCAGCUCCGCCACAGCCGGACCAGAGACCCUUUGCGGGGCUGAGCUGGUGGACGCUCUUCAGUUCGUGUGUGGACCAAGGGGCUUUUACUUCAACAAGCCCACAGGCUAUGGCUCCAGCAUUCGGAGGGCACCACAGACCGGCAUUGUGGAUGAGUGUUGCUUCCGGAGCUGUGAUCUGAGGAGGCUGGAGAUGUACUGUGCUCCGCUGAAGCCUACAAAAUCAGCCCGUUCCAUCCGGGCCCAGCGCCACACUGACAUGCCCAAGACUCAGAAGUCCCCGCCCCUAUCGACACACAAGAAAAGGAAGCUGCAAAGGAGAAGGAAAGGAAGUACACUUGAAGAACACAAGUAGAGGAAGUGCAGGAAACAAGACCUACAGAAUGUAGGAGGAGCCUCCCGAGAAACAGAAAAUGCCACGUCACCGCAAGAUCCUUUGCUGCUUGAGCAACCUGCGAAACAUUGGAACACCUGCCAAAUAACAAUAAUGAGUUCAAUACCAUUUCAGAGAUGGGCAUUUCCCUCAAUGAAAUACACAAGUAAACAUUCCGACAUUGUCUUUAGGAGUGUUUGUUUAAAAAACAAAAAACAAAACAAAAAAAAAAGCUUUGCACCUUGCAAAAGUGGUCCUGGCGUGGGUAGAUUGCUGUUAAUCCUUUAUCAAUAACGUUCUAUAGAGAAUAUAUAAAUAUAUAUAUAAUUAUAUCUCCUAGUCCCUGCCUCUUAAGAGCCGAAAAUGCAUGGGUGUUGUAGACAUUCGGUUGCACUAAAUUCCUCUCUGAAUUUUGGCUGCUGAAGCCGUUCAUUUAGCAACUGUUUAUAGGUGGUUGAUGAAUGGUUCCUUAUCUCCAUUUCUUCCUAUGUAGCUUAAGCCGCUUCCUUCACAGAAUCUAAUAAUCUCGUCUAGGCCAUUAGCCCUGCCCUUUCUUAACAUUCUCAUAUUUGUUGAAUUUGGCCUCCUCGAAAGCAAUAGCAAAUGGGUGGCCCACCCAAGUUUUAACGCCCCUGAUUCCAUCUGUGGCAUUUGUACCAAAUAUAAGUUGGAUGCAUUUAUUUUAGACACAAAGCUUUAUUUUUUCGACAUCGUGUUUCAAGAAAAAAAAAACAAAUAGAAUAACAAUAACUAUGACUUUGAGGCCAAUCAUUUUUAGGUGUGUGUUUGAAGCAUAGAACGUCUCUUAAACUCUCAAUGGUUCCUUCAAAUGAUGAGUUAGUAUGUAACGUAAAUAGCAGUUUCUCUCUCUCUCUCUUUUUAUUUUUUCCAUAUAGAGCACUAUGUAAAUUUAGCAUAUCAAUAAUACAGGAACUAUCAAACAGUAUGUAAACUCCGUUGUUGUUGUUUUUAGUACAAUGGUGCUAUUUUGUAGUUUGUUCUAUGAAAGAAUCUAGUCAACACAGAAAAAGGAGAAAGCAAAGCAAAAACAAUGAAAGCCUGGAGCCCAAAAGGACAAAAUUAGGAAGGGAACUGAAAAAAAAAUCCAUCCUCUUGGGGGAUGCAAAGGCCUCCCCAGUUAUGCCUUCUAAGAGGAAGUUAAGACAUAACAUCCAUUAAGACACACUUACUUGUCAAGUCCAGAGAGGAAGCUAUGGAGUGGGAAAAAGCAAGAGGCUAGGGAUUCUGGGAGUCCUGGUUUCUUUUUUAAUCACCGAAGAAAUAAGGAUAUGCAAACUCGGUCCCACAGACUCACCACCGUGUGACCUCAGUCAAGUCACUCCACCUCUCGGUGCCACAGUUUUCCUCAUCUGCAAAAUGGGGGCAAUAUGCCAUCUACCUACCUCAAAGGGGUGGUAUGAAGAUUAAAAAAGUAGACCUUCAGAUUUUAGUUCUGGGUUUCCAGGAGGGUACAACAUCAGAACCCUUGAAUUGCUGGGAUGCAAGGAAUUCUGUAAAUAACCCAUUAACAAUGUAGCUCCCAGGAUCGUUCACCUGUCACUGGGAUGCCACCAUCGUAUCCAAGCUCUUUUUGGUGAAGCUGUGCAACUAACCAGUGACAAGCUAGUGACUCAGUCUCUCCAACAUGUCACAAAGUAAGAGACAUUUGAUUUGCAAUUUGAGUUUAUGGCUAAUAAAGACAAGUGAAAAGAAAGAAAAGAGGAGGAGGAAGAUCCUUGCCAAAGAAAGAGUAAUCAAUUAUUCCAUUUAUCCACUCUCAUUAAUCCUUCCAGUCACUCAGUUUCUAGAAAUAGCUCUAAUACUAGUAGUGAGACUCAGUUUGCCAAACACAAUUCUCCUUCUCCUUAGCAUGUGAAAAAAGGGCCCUGGCAUUCUUAUAUUUUGAAGUACUUUCUAUCACAGUCACAAGCUGCUGUAGUGGGUGUAGUCUUGCCCUUGGUUGUAUAUGCAACUACUGUUUUCCUAUUUUAUGAAAAUACGCUGGCAAGAGUUGCUACUUGAGAGGCAAACUUUUUUUUUUUUUCUCUUCAAGCCUGAGGUUCUACCUAGUGUCUGCUUAGAAGGAAGAAAUCCAACUUCCUGGAAAUAUGUUGAAUGCAUUCAACUGGGCAUUGACAACCAAAACCAUCUAGAAAAUAUUCUUUGUUGGUGGAGCAAGGUCGUCUCCCACUUUUACAAAACAUCCAAUAGCCACAUCUUAUUUUCUGCAGCCUUGAUUCUCUUUUGCAAGCUUCCCUAAUGUUCUUAUAAGAUGUAUUAAAAAAAAGAGAACAUCUUUAGUUUUUCUCCCACCAGAUUCUUCUAGAAUCUCUGGGGAAAUGCAGUACGUGCCGUUGAGUGAAGCCCUCAGUCCACUGGGCUUAGGAACAUAAGGCACGCUGAACAUUCCCUGAUUACUGUAGAGAUGGAAAUUAACUAAGAGAGCAGUUUUGCCAUCUACCUGCUUUCUCAAAACGGUGCAGGGAAAAGUCAGGCCCUCUCACACCCUGGGUGGCACUUCUGACUUCUAGUUCUUGUUCACAGUGUGUACCUUUACAAAUCGGUUAUCCCCAGAAAGACAUAGAGGUGGCCUUCUCCAGAUCUGUGGGCUUCCUGCCAUGGUUGGCUUCGAUGAUUCCCAGUGUCUAUCAACAUAUUUUCUUCACUUACUUCUAUACACAGUCAGAAAUUCUCUCCAUGGGGAGAGCUCAAGUAUGCAGUCCUAUGCUUAGUUCUUUCCAACUGGAUCGGAAAUCAAGUCAGAAAAAGUCAGUCUACUAAUUAAGGAUACUAAAGCAGCCUUGCACUUUUAAAUGAAUGAACCCUGUAAGACAAAUCCAUGUAAACUCUGAAAGCCAGCUGAUCAGGAUUUGAUGACUGAAGAGCGAUAGAAAGGGACAUUUAAAAUCUUACAACUGGAAAUUUUGUAAGCUUUGCUGUGGAGGUGAAUUGUUUUAGUGUCUAGACAUGGAGCAAUUUUAGUAAAUGCACAAAGGAACUAUAAAGAUAGGUAGGAAGGAGGAGUUUUUCAUUUGAUAGGAUUAUGGCUGAUUUACCUAAAAAACAAAAAUACUCAGUACCUACCUAGGUCAACGGUUGAUCCUAUUCUCCAAAGACUAUCAAGUGCUCGAAAACAUUGUAAGAUGAGUCCAUUCCACUGAAAAAGUUAAUGCAUCUCUCCAUUAUAAUCUAUUUUCCUGCGGUUAAAAAAAAAAUCCUUUUUUAAAUACCCAUACACGUACCUACCCUACAUGUGUACUUGUGCACAUGUGCACACACGAACACACACGAACACACACACACACACACACACACACACACCUAUUCACCCUAAGAGUUAGAAGAAAUCAUUUCCUUGAAAACUCCUAUCUUAAAAAAAAAAAAAAAAAAAUCGACCCAUGCCGCUUGAGACUCCUUCUCCUUCUUUGAAUGUCAAUGUGAAACGUGGUUAUGUCUGUGUAGAUGAAACCGUCUCAGACACCAUGGCUCCAGGGUUUCUGUUACAGUUUGUGCACUUGGGAGGAUGCGCCGAAGACAGGACGCAGCGUGUUUUGCUUUCCCCUUUACUGUUUGGCCAGCUACGCCAAUGUGGUGCUAUUGUUUCUUUAAGAAAGUACUUGACUUAAAAAAAAAAAGAAAAAAAGAAAAAAAAAGAAAAAAGAAAAAAAAAGAAAGCAUAGACAUAUUUUUUUAAAGUCUGAAAACAACAGUUCUAUAGUAGAGGGCUUACUGAGAUAGCAUUAGAUCUAGUCACCACCCUAGCCACCACCUUUCAACUUUGUGUCACUCACAAGUAGAAUGUUGUUCACCAAGUUGUGAGUUUGGGGUUCAGAGACAAGAGGAUGGAAAAGUUUUGAAGUUGGAUGGCUCCAUUAUUCCAUUGGCUCUCAAAUGUAACCAAAUGAGCGAUACUUUACCCAAUCUGAAAUGUUGGUCAAUAACUUGAAGUGGGGGGAAAAAAAUAAGUUCAGGAAAAUGGCAGAAGAAAAUAAUUAAGUUACUUCUUGCUUUUGUUAUUGAUUGGUUUCUUGUUGAUUUUGGUUUUUGGUUUUAGUGUGGGUGGGUGAGUGUGUGCGUGUGUGUGUGUGUGUGUGUGUGUGUGUGUGUGUGUGUGUUCCACUCAAAAAACAAACACUUAAAAAGUGAAGAAAAUACAAAGAUUUUAAGAACAUAGAUUUACCUACUACAGCUUCUGCCACAUCCUCUGGGGAAGGCACUGAUUUCUGGUUUGGAGAGCUUUUGCUCACUGGUUUGCUCUCCCAUCAGAGGCAUCAAAGAGUGGUUGGUCUCCUAGAGCAAUCAUGGAUCUUACUGGGAGAGGUUGGAAAGUAUUUCCUAAUGAAUUGGGCUUAUCUCCUCACAAAGGAAGGGAAGAGUUUAUGAGACAUUGUUGAAGACAAUGGCUAACAAUCUGUGAAAAUUCUGUUCUGUAUUUUCUUGGUUUGGGGUUUUGAUUUCUUACUUUAUACAAUCUUUACGGAUGGAAAUCUUACUGGCAGAAAAGACUUGGUCUUUUUGCUCUUUCAUAACAGAAUGGAAGAUGACAAACUCACGUAGACUCUUUGUAGGUUGGCUAGAAAAGGGGUGGUUUGACUUUUUCAAUGAGACCAUUUUAAAUGUUCCUUUCUAUUUUCAAUCAUAAAAGAUUGUCUUAAUUUAUUAGCGUAGGCCCUGGUUGGCACUUCUCAAGUGGAUGAGCAUUUCCAUUCAAAGCAUGGGUUCACCCAUGUCUUCAAAAGAUGAAUGAUUAUUAUUAAGGAAUUACUUACUUCAAAAUACAGUAGAAGUGUGAGUCUUUGUUCCCACUCCCCACAAAGAUCAUUAAGUCCUAAAUCUGAAAGAGGAAAAAUACUAAGGGAAUUUUUUUUGUUGCCUGUUUUUUAUUUCAAUGCUAGUGCUUAAUCCUAUCCUAUACAGAUUUGCUUCUCGCUAUUGUGAUAUUCUGUAAGACUUUCCAGUUAGGUAUUAGAAAUUGAUGCAUAGAUACCUUGUUUUGUGUGGUUUCUAUUUAAAAGAAAAGAGAUAAGACUGUCUGAAGCUUAAAUGCAUAAGGUACAUGAUAAAGACAUCACUUUAAAUAACAAGCCAUAUCUGGUACAAUCCUUUCUUUCUUAUCAUUUUAAGGAAAACUUUCCCAGAUAAGACAAGGGCCCAGGGGACUUUCGAAAGUGUCUUUGUUCCUCCCAUCUGUUUUUGUUGGUGGUGAUUUUCCCCCCAAUGUCUGCCUCAGAAUCUUUUAGAGGCUGGCCAGACCAAAUCGGACAAUUAAAGAACUGUCUUUUAAAACACACAUUUCACAUGGUCCCUUUUAAUGAAUGAUUACACUUAUGUUGAACGUGAUUUUUUUUUCUCUCUCCAGUUAUUUUUUUUUCUGUCAUUGAUAAGGGUCCUUAAGGAGAAAAAUUCAUCAACAAAAAGCAAGAAAUCGUAUGAAAAAGAAAAAAAUCUAAAUGUCACCGCGCAAUUGAAAUACGAGCUAAAAUGGAAAUACUUUCUCCUACUUAAAACCCAGACUGAAUCACCUUCAAAGUGACCUUUCACAAUCUUUCCAAUUUGCCUCUGUUUAAACUGUCUGGGCCUAAAAGCAAGCAUUAUUCAUUUUCUCUUUCCCAAAGUGGACUUGUGUGUAAAGUAGGAAAAUUAAAAGAAACUGCUAAAAAUCCCUUCCAACCACUGGCUGACCCCGCUCACCAGCUCACAGCGAAGGCUCCUGUUGAUCUAUCCCCUGAUCUCAUUUCGUUUGGAUAUUUACAUGGUACCUACUGCUAAACACUCUGCAGGGGGCUCAGGAAACCUCAGUCUGUCCAUUCUUAUCUCCUAUCUGUGUCUCUGUAUCAUUAGUCCUUCCAAACACCGUGCCGCGUGUAUUCAGUCUAUUUGAAAGCUCCAAAUGGUACAUCAGACCUGAUCUGGUUUUGGUGAAGAUUUAGGGAGCUAUGAGAAUUUGGAUUACAACGUGCAUUUUGCUUCAUUUAUUUUUAUCACACUUAAAGGCCAAGGGUGAUGAUUAACUUACAGACAUCGAAUUCAUUUCUCUACUGAAACCUUAAAGUAGUAUUUGGUCAUUCAUUGUAUGUGUCUUAUAUACACACCCACACACAGACACACAAAAAAAAAAUCUAUCAAAUUAAUCCUGAUUGUAUUCGAAGUGGUUAUUCAAUUCAUUUAUGGCAGAGCAAUAUCAGUCCUAAUGACUCCUGAAAGUGUAACUAACUGAAUCAUUAUCUUACAUUUACUGUUUAGUAAGCAUAUUUUGAAAAAUGUAUGGCUAGAGUGUCAUAAUAAAAUGGUAUAUCUUUCUUUAGUAAUUACAUUAAAAUUAAUCAUGUUUGAUUAA